UAAGGACUACGGCCUGGGUCCUAAGGUUCACGCGUCGAUGCCGUGGACAACGAGAUGGGCUUGAAAACUAUGGCCUGUAGCUGAGUGUGAGGCAGCUAAGAAUUUGUUGGUCCUUAAAGCACAACGGCAGGUGCCCAAGUGAGGAUGAAGCAUCAAAACAUGGAUGCUACGAUGGCGGAAAUCCGGACCAGGUUCUGGAUUCCGAGACUGCGGAGAAUGCUUCGCAGAUUGAUUUCGGGAUGCAGCGAGUGUAAGGCCGAUGCCGCCGAUUAUGGGACCCCUGCCAGAGGAUCGUCUGGAGGCCCUCGACUACUUUUGGAAUUGGAUUGAAUGGAUUUUUAAUUGCCCGUCGAACCCGUCAGAGGGCGGAAUCUGGGAGCGAAUGGUGCAGUGCGAAAACAGGGUGCUGAGUCACACAGUGAAGGAGGUGGCGCCGAAGCAUCAACAGUCGGCGGCUGCUUCGGGCGGUCAGGCCAGUGUGAGUGCUGUACUAACCACUCCAGUCCAAACUCUUCCAGCAGUGGUGCAACCCCAGAUCGGCUCAGGUGCCCAGAUAGUAUCUAUCUCGUCACAGACGCUGCCGGUGAACAGUUCUCCACAGUUGGGCGCCGAGCACGUCUUGAAGAGUUUCCUAAUAGAGGUGGAGAAUAUUGUUUAUUCGCGUCUGCUCGCCCAUUUGCCAGUGAGUGCGGACCGGAAGCCUUUUCUGGAAUGGAUAGUGAGGUCAGAAGAGCCCGCUUUAGAAUCAUGAAUGGAGAUCGGACUCGCUGGAUAAUGCGCCCCGCUUCAAAGUUGGUGGCUUUGGAUUUGAGUGAAGGGGUUCUUCAGGGAGGUGGGGAUGUCGCGGGUCGAUUAUCGAUAGUUUAUUAUUUAGUAUUGGAAUUUUGGUAUUGUGCCCUCAUGAAGAGAUCGGGCACACUAGACAGAUAAAUAUGGAGCGCUCGUGGUGAGUUUGUAGUCAAAAGCCAUGGAGUGUGGAAGGUUAUACUGCGAAUAAAACAUACAUACGCACGCUCAUACAUUUAUGCGUUUUUGAGUGGAAUAUACAC